AUGUCGGUCACGCUUCUGCUCGGCUGCUUUGGCUGCGCAGUCUUGUACGCCGCCGAGUGGAUCGAUCUCGCGCCACGGUGUCUCUUUAAUCCCCGCAACAUUGACACGUCGGCGUAUGCCCACGUCGAGCAAGGCAAGGCGACCCAAAAAGAAAUUGAAGAAAUCUUUGACCGCCAUGACGACGCGCUGAUCAUGGCCAAGCCGUCGACGCCCGGCAUUCUAGCGUCACUGGUGCUCAUGGGCGGCGGUCUUUUGGUCGAUCAUGUGCAUGACCGCCUCCAGCCCGUGCUCGUGUUCGUCGUGCUCUAUUGCGCGUUUUCGACUGGCGAGAGAGCAUGCUGGAUCGUGUUGUAG